AUGGCUAAAGCACAUUCAUUAAGUACUCCAAUGGUCGUUAGAACUCUCGAUCCUAUUAAAGAUCCUUUUAGACCAAAAGAGGAGAAUAAGGAAGCACUUGGUCCUAAAGUACCAUAUUUAAGUGCUAUUGGUGCACUAAUGUAUCUGGCUAACAGUACUAGACCAGAUAUAGCGUUUGCUGUAAAUUUAUUGGCCAGGUUUAGUGCAAUGCCAACACAACGACAUUGGAAAGGAAUCAAACAUAUUUUUCGUUAUCUUCAAGGAUCUAUUGAUCUUGGUCUAUUAUAUCCAAAAGGAUCUCGACAUGAAUUGAUUGGAUAUGCAGAUGCUGGGUAUCUUUUUGAUCCGCAUAAAGCCAAGUCUCAGACUGGCUAUAUGUUUACUUGUGGCGGUACAGUGGUAUCUUGGAGAUCCACUAAACAAACAUUAACCGCCACAUCUUCAAACCAUGCAGAAAUAAUAGCAAUUCAUGAAGCCAGUAGAGAGUGUGUUUGGCUAAGAUCAAUGAUUCACCACAUUUUACAGAAUUGUGGUUUGAAAUCUGAAAAUGAUAAUCCUCCUACUAUUUUGUACGAAGAUAAUGCAGCUUGUAUAGCGCAACUGAAAGAAUGA